GAGGGGGGGGGGGUGCGGCUCCGAGCUGCCCCGGAACAGGGUCACCGUGGGGGUAAGAGCCGCAUUUCACAGGCACCAGCAAAAGGGGAUGUGCAGGGCAACAAACAGUUCGCAGCUGAAAUAACGCAGCUCGUCUUUAGCUCCUCACCUCCAGGGGUAAUUGAUCCAAGAUGGGGGCAUUUCUGGACCACCCCAAAACAGAGAAACAAAAUGAUCACGGCGAAGGGAAUGGGAUUCGCUAUGGGCUGUGCAGCAUGCAGGGCUGGCGCGUGGAGAUGGAGGAUGCUCACUCAGCUGUGCCUGAGUUACAGGACCAGCUGAAAAACUGGUCCUUUUUUGCCAUCUAUGAUGGGCAUGCAGGAUCAGGGGUUGCCAAAUAUUGUGCCAAGAACCUCCUCCAGCACAUAACCAGCAACCAGGAGUUCAAAGGGAUGAUCGAUGGUGGCAGUGAUUCACAAGCAGCUGUCCAGAGUGUGAAACGUGCCAUUAGGACAGGAUUCCUGAACAUUGAUGAACAUAUGCGAAAUGACUCCGAACUGGGGAACAACGACAUGGAUCGCAGUGGCUCGACAGCAGUGGCUCUCCUGGUCUCACCCACACAUAUCUACUUUAUAAACUGUGGAGACUCCCGGGGUGUCCUGCAGCGGGGUCAGUCUGUGCAUUUCUCCACUGAGGACCACAAGCCAUGUAACCCACGUGAGAAGGAAAGGAUCCAAAACGCAGGGGGCAGUGUCAUGAUUCAGCGGGUCAAUGGCUCACUCGCUGUUUCCCGUGCACUCGGGGAUUACGACUACAAGUGUGUGCAUGGGAAAGGUCCCACGGAGCAGCUGGUCUCUCCAGAGCCAGAGGUCAUGGUGAUUGAGCGAUCCCAGGAUGAUGAGUUUGUCAUCUUGGCUUGCGAUGGAAUUUGGGAUGUAAUGAGCAAUGAGGAACUGUGCGCCUUUGUCCGAUCCAGACUCGAGCUAACUGAUGACCUGGAACAGAUUUGCAAUCUAGUAGCAGACACUUGCCUGUAUAAGGGCAGCCGGGACAAUAUAAGCAUCGAGUUGAUGUGCUUCGAGAACGCCCCAAGACCUUCGGAGGAAGCAAAACAGAGGGAGGCUGAGCUUGACAGAUACCUGGAAGCACGAGUGAAAGAGUUGGUGACUACGUCUGGCCUGGAUGCUCCUCUGGGGUUACUGGACAUAAUGCAUACACUGAUCAUCGAGAACAUUCCCAACCUGCCACCUGGAGGAGGCCUCAUCAGCAAACGGAACAUAAUCGAAUCAGUUUACAAUCGGCUGGCCCCUACAAGCACUGAUGAGGAUUUGCAGGAGCCCGAUUCCACAUUGUAAGGUGAAAUUCCAGAUGAGCUGGGUGUGACUGAAGAGCACUCUCCCUGGAUUCUUUGUUUGAAGGACACUUGCACAUUGCUGAUGAGAAUUCUUGAGUGACAUAUUUAUAUAUUUGGAUGUGUUUAUUUGCCAGUCGCCUGCAGAACCUUCUGGACGUUGUAGAUUGUUGCUGUUACCUUGUCUUAGUGAAGCCUCUACA